AUGGCCUCCUCACACGACGGCUGCCGCGCUGCUUUCCAGCAAUGCUGCACAGAGGAGAAGCUAACACCCUUCCCUCAUUCGCCGCGUUCGCCGCCAGAUCCCCAUGGCAACUGGAGAUACGAGGUUCCAGAUGGCCUCAAGACAGAGAAAGAAAAGCACGAAAAGUCCUUUCCGCUUCGGCCGAGAGACAUCCCCUUCCCUGCCGUGCGAAUAACCACCCGUGACCGGCGGUCAUCUGCAAUCCAUCGGAGGCAGCGCCCCACUUCAGCCCCCCGGCCCGAAGACCAUGCCCCGCCACGACGACCCGACCCCGCGGCUGGGCCAACCUCCCGGGUCCCCCCUGAACGCAGCAUGUCUCCUACCGCCUCUUGGAGCUCCAGCCCCGCAUUCCUGCGCCCCCCGCACCCGGCACUGUCAAAAGCCGCCUUACACCGUGCUCACACGACCAUGACAGGUGAAAGUACCUUACCCGAGCUCCAUGAGAAUCGCGACUCCACGCCCGGCUACCUCAUCUCGUCUACACUCACCUCCUCACCCAAAUCACAUCUCGUCGUCUCAUUCACCCUCACAUGA